AUGAUUACAUAUUUGAUGGCACCGCCUUACCCAGUCAAUGGACUGAGUCUGACCACUUCGCUAGACGUGCUGGAAGCGCUGUUUGCUAAGACCCGGUACCCAGACAUCUUCAUGCGGGAGGAGGUGGCACUGAAAAUCAACUUGCCUGAGUCCCGGGUGCAGGUAUGGUUUAAGAAUCGAAGAGCUAAGUGCCGCCAACAGCAGCAGCAACAACAGAAUGGAGGUCAAAAUAAAGUGAGGCCUGCCAAAAAGAAGACAUCUCCAGCCCGGGAAGUGAGUUCAGAGAGUGGAACGAGUGGCCAAUUCACUCCCCCCUCUAGCACCUCAGUCCCGGCCAUUUCCAGCAGCAGUGCUCCUGUGUCUAUCUGGAGCCCAGCCUCCAUCUCCCCACUGUCAGAUCCCUUGUCCACCUCCUCCUCCUGCAUGCAGAGGUCCUAUCCCAUGACCUACACUCAGGCUUCAGGUUAUAGUCAAGGAUAUGCUGGCUCAACGUCCUACUUCGGGGGCAUGGACUGUGGAUCUUAUUUGACCCCUAUGCAUCACCAGCUUCCGGGACCAGGGGCCACACUCAGCCCUAUGGGUACCAAUGCAGUUACCAGCCAUCUCAAUCAGUCCCCAGCUUCUCUCUCCACCCAGGGAUAUGGAGCGUCAAGCUUGGGUUUUAACUCAACCACUGAUUGCUUGGAUUAUAAGGACCAAACUGCCUCCUGGAAGCUUAACUUCAAUGCUGACUGCUUGGAUUAUAAAGACCAGACAUCCUCGUGGAAAUUCCAGGUUUUGUGA